CAGCCACUGCUGUUGCUCACUGCAAGAGAGGAAAUGGCCUCAUUAAAGUGAAUGGAAGACCUCUGGAAAUGAUUGAGCCGAGAACUCUGCAGUAUAAACUGCUUGAACCCGUCCUCCUCCUGGGAAAGGAACGAUUUGCUGGUGUUGACAUCAGAGUCCGUGUAAAGGGUGGUGGCCAUGUAGCACAAAUCUACGCUAUCCGUCAAGCUAUUUCCAAAGCAUUGGUGGCUUACUAUCAAAAAUAUGUUGAUGAAGCUUCCAAGAAGGAGAUCAAGGAUAUUCUAAUCCAGUAUGAUAGGACUCUGCUGGUUGCAGAUCCUCGCCGUUGUGAAUCCAAGAAAUUUGGAGGACCUGGUGCUCGUGCACGCUACCAGAAGUCUUACCGUUAAAAUUGUUCUGCGGGCAUGUGACAGUCAAUAAACAUAAAGAGAAUUUGAUAAUUU